UAACAGAAUCAUUGUUGAAUUACUAUGUUACGGUUUGGGUUGAGGAAACAUGUCAGCUUCUGUCGUGGAUUCUCAACAAUGCAGAAAGCUUCACGGCAGCCUAUCUUGAGAUCUCCAAGAAAAAUGUGCUGUCGGUACAUGGGAGGUCAUGGACCAGAUAUAUCAGUAGCAGAAGGCAUCGCAUACAUAGUUGUCGGUGGUGGUGGAAUUGCACUUUGGGGAGUGUACAAGACUGUGCAAAUGCGUGAGAGGAUUGAAGCGUUUGAAACUGGAAAAGUUAUCCCAUUUAAAACACUCACCGAUGAAGAAUUUUUUGCUUUUAAAAAAGAAUUUGCAAGAUUGUAUGGGGAAGAGGAGGAUGAAGAAGAUAAUGAUAUACAAGAAAAUGAAGAGCAAUCUAGAAUUCCUAGGGGCAUUGCAAAAUCUAAUAAAGAUACUGUUAUAUUCGUUGAUGCCUCAGAGGAUUAAUCAAGUUCAACCCACAACCAAAAUGAGGACAUAAAAAAAGCAUCCAACUCGAAAGUUGGCCAACUCAUUCUCUUCUGAUGCAUAUAAUCUGUUUUUGCUUGUGAAUGAUUUACUGUCUAUUCAAUCCUAAUUCUAUUUUUUUGGCAUUUCAUGUCAUUAGAUAUCAAAUAAUAUUAGUUAUAUGUAAAAGUUUGCUCAAAACAAUUCAAUUGUGGCAAA